GGAACUUUUUUUUUUUAUUGUUUUGCGUUCCCUCAAUAAUGUACUGAUCGGUUCAUGCGGCAUAACUGAACACUGUUGGCCUUACGGGCCGCCGUACUUUCUGCCUCAUACAAGCUUCUGUGAGGUUUUUCUAUAAAUGUUAACAUCUCUGUGAAAUAUCUGAAGUUUUAUAUCUUUUUCUUUAGCAUAGAAAUGCACCACUAACCUGUGAUGUAAACAGAAACUUUCCGUAAGAAGGAAAGAAAUAAAAAUACAUCUUUGAGUUAUUAUCGCAGUAAUAAAUCAUCUGAAUCUGAUUGUCUCUAUUGUAUCUGAAUGUUUGAAGUUUCCAUGGUUUCAUCUCAGACAUGCAGAGAAUAAAAGAGUUUAGAAUAAUAAUGUGGAGCUAUAGAGAAUCAGACCUGGGGAUCCUGGACCUCACCCGGUUCCGCCUGAUGUUCUGGACCGGGACCCCGUAAGGAUUGGACCCCAGGUUCGGGUUGUUCCGGGCGGGAUGUCUGGUUUUAUUUCGGUCCGGUCAUGUGAGCCGAUGUCGAGCUUCAGCUGCUGGGUUAUUAUUAACCCUGGCGGCUGAUUGGCCGCCGGCCGGGUCAGCCAGAACCUUGUAGGGUGACUGGGUCUCAUUCUCAGUUCCGGUUCGGGGCGCAGCGGCAGGUAAACCUGGACUUCAUGUUCCGGUCGGAGCCUCUGGAUCCCAGAGUUUAGACGUGGAAUAAAAACCAGAGGGAAACGUGAAGCUCACCUGGAGCUCACCUUGAACUCACCUGGAACUCACCUUGAACUCACCUGGAACUCACCUUGAACUCACCUGGAACUCACCUGUUGGUGACUCGUGCGCCCUGCCAGGUGCUCCUCAUGGCGCUCUCCCAGGUGACGCCCUCCUUGUUCCUGAGCGGCGCCGACGCCCCCCUGAACGGCGCUCUGAUGUCACAGAAAGGCAUCACGCUGAUAGUGAACGCCACGCUGAGCCACGCCCUCCCUGCCCACCCGGGCGUGGAGUGUCUGCGCGUCCCGGUCUGCGACCUGCCCUGCCAACCCCUCGGCCUGCACUUCGACCGCGUGGCCGAGCGUAUCCAUGGCAACCGCGCCGGAGGCACGCUGGUGCAUUGCGCAGCGGGGAGGAGCCGCUCGCCGGCGCUGGUCAUGGCGUACCUGAUGAGGUUCCGAGGCGCCACGCUGCGCCAGGCUCACCGCCGCGUCCUGGAGAGCCGACCCUGCAUCCGCAUCAACGCCGGAUUCUGGGAGCAGCUGCUGCAGUACGAGAGGAGGCUGUACGGCCGCAACACGGUCCGGGUGGAGCCCGAGGGGGCGGGGCCUCUGGGGGCGGGGCCUCUGGGGGCGGGGCCUCGCCGGGCCGCUCCGCCGAGCAGCCAGUUGACAUCUGUACCCAGAUCUCCUGUGAUGUCACGCACUCCGCUGAUGAUGUCACCACAUAAAUUAAUAAGAGAAUCUGCCGUGUCAUCAAAGACCAACAGAACAAUUUACAAACAGCUGUGAGUGGGCGGAGCUACAUUACCUGGACAGGUGUGGAGCAACUGGUGUUCACCAGAACCAGUAACUGGACCACCAGAACCAGUAACUGAACCACCAGAACCAGUAACUGGACCACCAGAACCAGUCUGGGGACAGGAAGUGAGUCUGUUCUGCUUGGUUUUGCUGUUAAUCAAUAAAUAAUUUCCAUCAGA